GAAAAAGUCAAACUCACGCAUGCGCAUAAAGCUCUCCCUCCAAAACAUGGCUGCCAGAGUGGAACUAGGUGAUCUUGCUGUCUCUGAUUCACCUCCAUACUGUAUUCAUGGUCCUACAUUAGUAUUCAGACGCUAUUACCAAGAGAAGCACACCAGCAGACAGUUUUAUGCUUGCGCUGUCCAUCGAAACAGAAAAGGCUGCCAGUUCUUUCAUUACACUGAUCAGCCACUCUCAGGAGAGAAGAGGGAGCACUACAUGAGUCUCUAUAGAGAGUAUCAGGCUUCACUUACUCAAUCCCAUACUGUUUCUUUAUCUAGUAGUAGUAGUGCAGCUCCUCCAAUCAAUUCCAUUAGUUUCUGCAUAGAGUGCAGCUUGUUGUAUGCCACUGAUAAAGAUGGACACAUUCAUAACAAACAUUCACAUAGAGAGAGGAUUACAAAGGAAGAGGCACAGCAACCAACUCUGUUGUUAUACCCAGCCAGUGAUAAUAAAGGACAAGCACAAUAUUUCUUUUCGGACAAAACCCACUCAUUCAUUCUAUCUGAGAUGAAGAGGUUGAAUUUUUCACAUGCCAUUUGUCUAGGGACACCAAAGAUUUUUGAAGCUUUAGCAGGGGCUGGAAUUAAAGGCUUCCUGCUUGAUAUUGAUCACAGAUUUCAUCAGUUUUAUGGAGGGGAAGUGUUUCAGCGCUUCAAUAUGUUCAACGGAUUCUUUUAUGACGAAGGAAAGGGAAAGGAGUCACUAAUGAGAUUCAUUGAGUCUGUGCCUCAAGAUAGGAUCUUACUUAUAAUCGAUCCUCCAUUUGGUGGUCUAUUGAAUGCAUUGAGAACUGGAGUGGACAUCAUUUGGAAUUUAAUAGGAACCGAGUGUUCUACUCUCCUUGUGUUUCCAUACUUCAAUGAAGUUCAUGUCACUGAAUCAUUCCCUACAUUUCUUAUGCUUGAUUAUCAGGUAACCUAUGGAAACCAUCGCUACUAUGGUGACAAUGGCAAGAAGGGUAAACCCUCUCCUGUCCGUUUCUUUACUAAUAUUCCAUUACCCGGUCUUGUGUUACCUACUGAUGAAGGAUACAAGUAUUGCUCAGUGUGUAAUCGUUAUGUGAGCUCUUUGAAUGAACAUUGCUCAAUUUGUGAUUGUUGCACCUCAAAAGAUGGAAGAUCAUAUAAGCAUUGUCAUCAAUGUGGUACUUGUGUUAAAGAAACUCAUGAUCAUUGCUUAACAUGCAAAUCCUGCCAGCCAUCACAACAUGAUUGUCAGCAGAAGUCAAUGAGGAAGUCUGGUUGUUUUGUAUGUGGAGCAUUCGAUCACAAGAAGCAGCACUGUCCCUCUAGGCCUUCGCGUCACUUAAGAAAUGACAAAAGAAAGAUGUCUUUUGUGUCAAAAAGGAAGCCGGUAUUAAGAAAGAGGUUAAAGAGUAAAUCAAAUAUUAGUAGCUCAACUUCAAAAACUUAGUGUAAAUUAACUCAAAAUUUCAUUCAUUACAAUUAUAUUUAUUGUGUAAAAAGACUCACUCGUUCUCUCACA